AUGAACAUCGAGGAUAUUGUGCCGGAAUUGUUUGGCGAGAAGCGGGUCUACUACUGUCAGCGGUGUCUCAAUCACGGACUUCGCGUGAAACGCAAGAACCACAAGCAGAACUGCGCGUACAGCAUGUGCCAGUGCUCUGAUUGCAUUAUGGUGGAGCGAAGGCGAGAAUUGAACAGCCGUCUCGUGCAAAUCGAAGGUGAGCCAGGCCAUCAGAGUUCCACAGAAUCGCCUUGCGGAGUUGAAGAUACCGCUGUCAAAAACGUCGUCCGAACUGCCAACGAUGUGCACAGCACAAAUGUCUCAAUGGCCCUGAAGGGACACAAAAGGGCGUGCCCAUUCAAGGAGUGUUUCUGUCCAAAAUGCCAGGUGGUCGUUGAGCGACAGAAAUUAAUGGCUGAUCAGAUCAAGUUACGACGACGGCAGAAGCGCGAGAAAAGCAACACAUUCGAGAGGCCCCAAACUCCCGCCGGCACAACAACAGAGGUGUGCCUGAAAUGCACGCAGCAGGCUAUUGGUUACCAACACUUGAUGUCAAUUCUGGAUCCGUCCAACGUCUCCGAGACGUUUCUGAACCUCUCCGCUGUUCUGCAAGCCUGUCCGCAUAAGGCUUCCGCCCAAAAUGUAAUUGAAUCCUCCACCACCCUGUUAGCCAAUCAAGUACCGUCAUUUAUGAUAGGGCAAUGCGUUCCUGCCUCGACCGAAAUGAGACAGGAUCCAGAUUGA